AUGCGAAGCUUGUGGACGAGGAAUUUGGUCAGAUUCAGCCAUAGUUAUGCCUCCAGGCCCUCGUUGGCCAUUCCGUACAAGACGGGACAGCCAAUGCAUGAAACACGGUCCCAUUACCUACCGGAACCUGGAUUCAUCACUCCAGGUAUCACAGCUUUAGAAUACUAUGAUAGGAGGAUGAGACUAGCCAAGGACCUUCCGGUUCGGUCGGCUGUCAUUGUGGCGGGUAAUAAAGUGGUUCACAGCUCGGGAUCGGUGUUCUACCAUUUCCAACAGGACACUGACUUCUACUACCUUACAGGAUGGCUUGAGCCUGAUUCUGUGGCUGUCAUUGAAAAGGUUGCUGAUAAUAAGAAUGACGACGAUAUCGUGUUCCAUAUGCUUGUGCCUCCAAAGAAUCCAGCAACAGAGCUUUGGGAAGGUGAGAGGACUGGUCUCCAAGGAGCCUACGACUACUUCAAUGCAGACGAGGUUGCCGAGGUCGGUCGUCUAGAUGCGUACUUGAAAGGCAUCAUCUCCAGAAACGACCAUAUCUACUUUGAUAGUAAGAGCAAAGGCGCCAAGCUGUCGAAGUUCAGCAACUUUUUCAGUUUGGGCUACCACAGACAAUCCGAUGCAAUUGAUGAAUUGCUCCGUGGAAAGAACGUGAAGCUGUUGAAGCUGGUUUUGGCAAACCACAGAGCACUCAAGUCGCCAGCUGAAAUUAAGGUGAUGCACAAGGCUGGCCAGAUUUCCAGUAGAGCGUUCAACACAGCCAUGGCUCGCGUUGGCAGUCUGGAACCAUUCAUGACAGAAAAGCUUCUUGCAAAGUACUUGGAUUACGCGUUUGUCAGAGGUGGUUGUGACAGAGAGGCUUACAUUCCUGUGGUUGCUAGUGGUCCUAAUGCCUUGACUAUUCAUUACACCAGAAACGAUGAUAUUCUUUAUAAAGACGAGACUGUGUUUGUUGAUGCUGGUGGUAAAUUGGGUGGCUACUGUGCUGAUAUUUCCAGAACGUGGCCAAACUCUCCUAAUGGUUUCUCUGACGCUCAAAAAGAUAUCUACGAAGUGGUUCUCAACGCGAACAGAGUCUGUAUUGACCAGUGUAAUGAGAACUACGGUAUGUCUCUUCAUGAUGUGCAUGAGCUUUCUGUGACAACGUUACUUCAAGGCCUUCGUUCCCUUCCAGGACUCUCUGAGGUUACCAGAAGCGAAGUCUCUCGUGAACUCUUCCCUCAUUACAUUGGCCAUCAUUUGGGACUUGAUCUUCAUGAUGUUCCUUCAGCUUCAAGGUUUGCCCGUUUAAGAAAAGGUAAUGUGGUCACCAUUGAACCAGGCAUUUACGUCCCAUUCGACAGUAAAUGGCCAAAGCAUUACCAGGGAAUUGGUGUGAGAGUGGAAGAUGAUAUAGCAGUGGGAAGCACAGCCAGCGACAUUCUUAAUUUGACAAGUCUCUGCGCUAAAGAGGUAGCAGACGUGGAGCUGCUUGUUCGUCUGGGAAAGGCUACCACGCCAGGCGUCCACGACGAAGCGGUAGAAAUCAGCAUAUAG